UAUUCUUUUCUGAAAUCCCUUUUAUGUAUAUGAAAUAAGCUCCUCCAUCCCUUGUCCCUGGCUUCAAACUUUUCCGAUUGCAGCCGUCUCAACUCUAUCCCUCUGGACACCUGAAUUGUUACUGAAAUGGCUUCCCUCACCGCUUUCACUCCAACUUCAUCAGUAACACGCGCAGCCCUUGUUCAGAAGAGAGCUGUAGCAGCCCCCUCUUCCGUCCUUGGGUUGCCAGCAAUGGCGAAGAAAGGGAAGGUGAGGUGUUCGAUGGAGGGGGAGAGCCGCAGCUCGAAGUUGGGAAUGGAAGCUGCUGCUGCAUCGUGGAUGGCUGCAGUUUCCGCAGCAACCAUAUCGAGCCCAGCCAUGGCUUUGGUGGACGAGAGGAUGAGCACGGAGGGAACCGGGCUUCCCUUCGGGUUGAGCAACAACCUUCUGGUAUGGAUCCUGGCGGGCGUGUUUGGUCUGAUCUGGGCCUUCUACAUCGUCUACACUUCCUCCCUUGAAGAGGAUGAAGAGUCCGGAUUGUCUCUCUAAAAUCAACAGUGUUUCAUUGUCAUAAACCCAAUCUCUUUAACACUGUUGCUUGAAUAUCAACUGUUGAUGUAUUAUUAUUAUUAUUAUUUCUUUGUGUGCCAUUUUGCCUGCUUGUUCUUCA